AUGGCAUUGCAAUAUCUCACAGCACCAUCCUACGAGCAUGGCUUACGAGCGACCUUGCCAGCCGACGAAGCCUGCCAGAUGUACGCACCACACGCCCUGCUAAGCUUUAUCGACUGGCGUAGCGGCAGUAGGCCGCUGGCAUGGCGUUCAGGGUUGCCGCCUUCGGUCAGCCUGGAUGACGAUGGCCGACGACGACAGAGCAAGAAGACGGGCGGACCUGGAGACACAAUCGAUGGCCACCGGCGCAUCCACCACGUGCACGCGGCAGUGGACAGCUUCGAGCGCAUUCGAUACGACAUGAACGACUUCGUCAAGUCGACAGUCUGGGCCAACCACGACCGGCUGCAGACUCGACCGUCCGUGAUCGAGGGCGGGCAGCAGCGGGGAAUCUUUGUCAAGGAAGACGACAGCACGGCGUCACGUCACAACCAGCAGCUCUUUCCGCCAUGGCUUGCCCUCACCGCCGGCGAGCACCUCCACAUCCACGCCGACGGCAGCUCCCACAUGAUCCUCUCGCUUGCCGACGCCACCACGGCCAUCGAACGGGGCUGGGCCGAGAGAGAGGCCACGAUGACAGCGACAGGCGACAGAAGAAACGACAGCAGCAACGGAUCCGUCCUGCCGCUGGGCUACGUCGCCGUGCACGCGCCGCGCAACGCGACCGAGCUGGCCGAGUGGAAGCGGCUCGCUAUGGCCAGCGUGCGCUACUGCACCCACCCAUGCAACGGAAUGGAGAUCAGGCUGCCAGAACGAUUAUGA